AUGACGACUCAGCAUGCAGGCCUUCCGGCAGAGGUUAUACUCUCAAUCAACAGAAUUCUGGAAAUUAGCCCAACAGAAGCCGAGGACGCGCUCGACGAGCUUUCUGACGAAUUCAAUGCGACCACGACAUUGAACACGUACUUUCCAGACGAGGCGUCUUUGGCACAGGUCGAAUCGAUUCAGGCUCGUCUUGCAGAGCAGCAACAGCGAUUGCAGGAUGAAAUCCACUCACUGCGUGCCGAGCUCAAGGCCAACCAAGAUCCAGGCAGGAUGCACCUCAUUCAAGAGAUGAUAUCGGACUUGCUUGGUCAAAUGUCGCGCAUCAGAGAGAAGGCUACCGAAUCAGAGGCGGUCGUACGAAAUGUAACGAAGGAUAUUCAGGUCCUUGACCUGGCUAAGAAGAAUCUCAUAACAAGCAUGACUACAUUGAAGAGACUACAGAUGCUUGUUAACGCGUUGUCGCAGUUGGAGGAUCUCAUCAAGGAAAGGCAAUACGGCGACAUUGCGCAGACCUUGUCCGCAGUGAAGCAAAUAUCGUCGACAUUCAAGCCCUUCUCGUCUAUUCACAGGAUAGCUCAGAUAUUGAAACGCAUCCAAGAAGUUCAAGGCGAGCUUCGGGGAAUGAUUGACGCCGACUUCGAUACGUUCUACAUGCAGGAUCCUGCUAAACCUAUGAAGGGUAGCGUCAUAGCAGAUGCAUGCCUUGUGGUCGAUGUCCUUGGGAACGACGUUCGUUACCAUAUAAUUGACCGAUAUGUUGGCCUCGAACUGAAGGAGUAUCGGCGAAUAUUUCGCGCUACGGAUGAAGCAGGCCAGCUGGACAAUAUCUCUCGCCGAUUUGCUUGGUUUAGGCGAUUGCUUCAAACCCACGAGGUGGAACAAGGGAGGGUGUUCCCAGCGGAGUGGAAAGUGGGAUGGCAUCUCCUAGCAAAGUUCUCCGAAGUUACCAGAGAUGACUUGACGUCGCUGUUGUCUAAAGCUCACUCGUCGUUGACUGUGACUUCUUUGUUGGAGUACUUACAGACAACUACCGAAUUCGAGGCUACAAUGGCGAAGAAAUGGGGAGCUCCGUUCAAAGAGAUCCUUGAUAUUGCAUCGGGAUCUCGCACUCCUCAAUUAAUAUCCACCGCAUUUGACUCGCACAUGAGCAUUUUCGUAGAUGCUCAGGAUAAGGCAAUUUCCGAUAUGUUAGCUCCUCACCGAAAUAGCAAAAACAGGAAGGCCCAGCCCCGUCCUUCACUAGAGGCAGAGGAGCCAGAAGAACCCACUUCUACCGUCUUGCCUUCAUCCACAGAUCUAUUCUACUUCUAUCGCCAAAGUCUGGAACAAUGCGCCAAGCUGUCUACGGGGCAGCCGUUAUUUGAUCUAUGCACUGUGCUCAAGAAAUGGCUGAAGAUAUAUGCCGAGGACGUACUCACCGCUCCCAAAAGACUUGCAGUUCAGACUCGCCGAUCGAUGGACUCACGCGUGGGCGCAGAUGAGUUGAAGCAGGCUUGCUUACUGAUCAAUACGGCUGAUUACUGCCAUGGCACUGCGUCGGAAUUGGAAGAUACAAUUCGGCAAAAGAUCAAUGAAGAAUUUAAGGAAAAGAUCAGCUUGCAAGCCGAAAUGGACAUAUUCCUCGGCGUCGUUUCUGCAGCCAUUGUCGUGCAACUCAAGGAAUUGGAGGCAGUGUGCGACUCCUCUUUUGGUGCUCUCGUACGAACAUCUUGGCCUUCCAUGAACCAAGUCAGCGGUACUUCAGCAUAUGUCGGCGAAUUGAUCAACUCCGUGGAACAAUGCCUGGCGAUUAUCAAGCCCCGAAUUGAGCAGAAAAAGUAUCUGCGCAACCUCUUCGACAAAACGUCCAGCUUAAUCCUAGCAAAAUUCACCAAUGCACUCGUCAAAAGUCGACCGCUUGGCGAGAUUGGUGCGGAACAGCUUCUGAUAGACCUUCAGAUCAUCAAGGCCUCUUUGCUCAAGUUGCCUGGCGAUGAUUUGAUUACAUCAAGCUACACCAAGGCUCUAAACAAAAAUACCACACAACUCGAGGCGUUGCUAAAGGUUAUUGUCACUCCGGCGGAUCCUCCUGAAGGCUUUAUUCUCAACUAUACAUUACUCAUCGGAGACGCAUCCUUUUCCAACUUCCAGAAGAUUUUGGACCUAAAAGGUACUCCGAAGGCCGAACAGAAUGAUCUUUUAGAUUCUUUCGUCACUGUAACCAGCACAAAGGAGCUCGAAAGUACUUCCUUCCUCUCAUCGCUUGAUAUGGAGCCGUCGUCAAGCAAUCAAGGGCAAUUGAUGCACGACCCAACAAGCCCGGGUUUGGGUGGGAGAGUUUCGUUCCCUCAGGUUGUGGGAGCAGCAAUGAGCGCAGCCAAUAUUGGCUCCGAUAGUCUAUUGGCGGGAUUGGUGUCUCCACCAAUGAGUGGUCCACCAACGGGGGAAGGGCGAGAGCAGAAGAGGGAGGUGUUCUCAGGUUUUGGGCGGUUCGUGAGUUUUGGGAGGAGAAACUCGCAGGCUCCGCCGUAA